GUAGACAGCUCAGCGGCGGCGGAGGGAGUCUAUGCGCGCUGGUCAGCAGUGGGAGGUGUGUGAGCCUCGCACUGACCGUAGAGCCUCGGGCGCAAUCGCCGGGGAGCUAGGACUCGGCGACUGGGCUGCCGGGCCACCCGGCCUAGGCUUCAGAGGCGCAAACUGAUGGGACUAGCUCGCUCGGCAGUGUCUCCGCGCUCUUCUAAGUACACUGAGCGGGCCCCGCGCUGAAGUCGAAGCUGUCGGGGGGCGCGCAGCCCGGAGUCCCAGUGUGGCCUGGAGGAACGGAGCCCGUGCCAGGGCGGCCCGGUCGGGAGCCCCUGGACCGAGCUCGUGUGGUGGGGAGACUCCCGCUUCUUCCCAGGGGUGCCGAUCCCAGGACGGUCGAGGCGUCCGGGCGGCCACCGAGUCCCCAGCGGUGAGACCCCGUCGGGGAGAGGGCGCGCAGUCCCAAACAGUCUCGGGGAGCCGAGCGGAAUCGGACGGGAUCACCCGGGGGCGCGGAGCCCCCGUCGUGCUUCGUGCGGCGGAGAGGCCAGUGGAGCGAGCCCUCGGAGGCCACAGCUCAUGCUCGGGUUGGGGGCGGCUGCCCAGUGAGUCCUCCUGGCCGGCGGGGCGGAGAAGAGCGACACCGAAGCCGGCGGGAGGGGAGCACUUCAAGGCCGGCGGCUGCGGAGGAUGGGCGCCUGAGCGUCUCGGAGCGCAGCGCGGCACGGGAAGGCGAGGCCAGCUUUGCUGAGGAGGCGCCAGGGGAUCCCGAAGUGCAGCCUGCCCCAGGGAAGAUGGCCCGGCCUGGCCAGCGUUGGCUCGGCAAGUGGCUUGUGGCGAUGGUCGUGUUGGCGCUGUGCCGGCUCGCCACCCCGCUGGCCAAGAAUCUAGAGCCCGUGUCCUGGAGCUCCCUCAACCCCAAGUUCCUGAGUGGGAAGGGCCUGGUGAUCUACCCAAAGAUUGGAGACAAGCUGGACAUCAUCUGCCCCCGAGCAGAAGCUGGGCGGCCCUAUGAAUACUACAAGCUGUACCUGGUGCGGCCUGAGCAGGCAGCUGCCUGCAGCACCGUGCUCGACCCCAACGUGCUGGUCACCUGCAAUAGGCCAGAGCAGGAAAUCCGUUUCACCAUCAAGUUCCAGGAGUUCAGCCCCAACUACAUGGGCCUGGAGUUCAAGAAGCACCACGAUUACUAUAUUACCUCUACAUCCAAUGGGAGCCUGGAGGGACUGGAGAACCGGGAGGGAGGUGUGUGCCGCACACGCACCAUGAAGAUUGUCAUGAAGGUUGGGCAAGACCCCAAUGCUGUGACGCCCGAGCAGCUGACUACCAGUCGGCCCAGCAAGGAGGCAGACAACACUAUCAAGAUGGCUACACAGGCCCCCGGUGGUCGGGGCUCCCUGGGUGACUCCGACGGCAAGCACGAGACUGUGAACCAGAAUGAGAAAAGUGGCUCCGGUGGGAGUGGAGGCAGCAGCGGGGACCCCGACAGCUUCUUCAACUCCAAGGUGGCAUUGUUUGCGGCCGUGGGCGCCGGCUGCGUCAUCUUCCUGCUCAUCAUCAUCUUCCUGACCGUCCUGCUGCUGAAGCUGCGCAAGCGGCACCGCAAGCACACGCAGCAGCGGGCGCCCGCCCUCUCGCUCAGCACCCUGGCCAGUCCUAAGGGGGGCAGUGGCACGGCGGGCACCGAGCCCAGCGACAUCAUCAUCCCCUUACGGACUACAGAGAACAACUACUGCCCCCACUAUGAGAAGGUGAGUGGGGACUACGGGCACCCCGUCUACAUCGUCCAGGAGAUGCCGCCCCAGAGCCCCGCGAACAUCUACUACAAGGUCUGAGGGCCCGGGCAGCCUCGGCCCCGAGGGACAGUCGGCCGGGACUGCACCUCUCCAUCCUCACCCACGUCCCUCCCCUUGCCAGCUGUGCCCAUCUUUGUAUUUAGUUUUGUAGUUUCUUGGCUUUUAUAAUCCCCCUUUUGCCCCGCCCCCUGGGCUUCAGAGGGGGGUGCUUGUGCCCCCAGCCCCCAUGCUCUUGUGCCUUCCCCCUCUGGCCAGGCCUUUGGGCUCUGCGGGGGCACCCCUUCUUGGAGGGCAGGGUCGGACGCUGAUGGACAGCAGGCAGGGAGACGCCCCCCCUGGCCCUGUGCCCCCUCGCCCCCUUUCUCCCUUCCCAGGACUUCUUGUCCGCUAUCAUCACUGUUUUUAAUGUUUUUGUGUUCAUUUUUUUAGCUGUCAACUCAUUUUCAUCUGUUUUCUUUUUUUUUUUUUGAAGAAAAAUGGAAAAAUGGAAAAGGCAGCCCCUCCCCAGGUUUUCUGAGCCCAGCCUUCCACAGUAUCAGGGGCCUGGGGCAGGAUGUGGCCAGCCGGGAAGCAUAGGAUGGCAUUUCUUUUAUAAACUCGUUGGCAUAUUUUUUGGGGGUAGGGGACAGGCCAGGGCUGUUCUUGACCACGAGGGAAGGCAAGAGUGCCAUUGGGCAAGGUGUCGCACCCUCCCCCACUGACCCUCCUUCUACAGUGCUGAUCUUGGCAAUGGGGUAGUAGCUGCCACCCUUCCACCAAAAAAAAAAAAAAAUACCUUCCUGUGGGUUACUUGGGCAUAUCCUGCCUCCCUCACUC